AAAUCAUCAAAUCAUCGAGUGUUUAGUGUCAAAUCAGUUUGGAAUCGAAAUUCCAACAAAAUGUCCCACAUUCGUGAGCUCAAUUCCUGUGAAUCCAGAGAUCUGCAUCUGUGGCUCCAGGAGCAACGCAUCGAUCUAAAUGCCAAGAAAAGAGUCAAGUUCUCCGAUGUACUGCCGGUGGCCACAAUUGCCCAGACGGUCUACCCUCGUCUGGUGGACCUGAUUCACUACACUCCCUCACGGCACAGUGUGGCCAACAAGCUGCAGAACUGGAAGGUUUUUAAUUUUACGGUUCUCAAGAAACUGAACAUAACUCUGUCCGAAUUAUACAUGAAGGAGCUCGCUCAAGGCCAGGAGGGAGCGAUCGAGCUGCUGUUCUACGAACUCUUCGUCCGUCCGCUAAAGAUAGCCAGCGAGGAAGAUCGAGACUAUACUACAGGAAACCCUGAUCAAAUCAAAACAUCUUUCGGAUCUGAAUAUGGAUCCAAGACGACCCGAGAAUGAUUCCUGGCAAUGCCUACAUAUAUUUCAUAAAGUUUUGUUUGGGUUUUGCAAGAAAAAACAACAUUUGGCAAAUUAAAAAUCAAAGAAAAGCAAAUUACCUUAUCGCAAAUGAGUUUCUGACAAAUCAAAUAUCGAUAGGGAAAAGACCUCGAAAAAAUGCGACGAUAACAAGAAGACUAUGUACUUUGUAUACACUAUAUUAAAGUUUUCUUGCGAACUAACUA